AUGGCCACAAUUCGUCAAACGUAUUGGAUCAUCGGAGCUCGAGACUUAAUCCGACGAUUUGUUCACAAGUGUAUCGUAUGCCGACGGCAACGUGCUGAAACCAUGCAACAGAUCAUGGGAUCUCUACCGUCCGAUCGCAUCACGAGUGGAGCUCGAGCGUUUGUGAACACUGGAGUUGAUUUUGCUGGUCCUGUUUCGUUGAAGACUGGUCGUGGACGAGGAAGUAGAACCGAGAAGGCAUGGAUUGCUCUGUUUGUUUGCUUAGCGGUUAAAGCGGUUCACCUAGAAUUGGUUACAAGUCUCAGUACUGAAGCUUUCAUCGCAACAUUGAAGAGAUUCAUCGCAAGACGCGGGAAACCGAAGGCUAUGUACAGUGACAAUGGUACCAAUUUCGUUGGCGCUCGCAAAGAACUUCGCCGCCUUAUUGCCUCAGAGGAGCACAACGACAAGGUUACAACUUAUCUUCAACAAGAUAACGUGGAAUGGCACUUCAUCCCGCAGAGAGGAAGUCACUUUGGAGGCUUGUGGGAGGCGGGGAUAAAGAGUAUGAAGUAUCACCUCCGUAGAGUUCUGGGAAAUGUAAGUUUGGCUUAUGAAGAGAUGUAUACUACUCUAUGUCAGAUUGAAGCUUGUUUGAACUCAAGACCACUCACUCCUCUUUCGUCGAGCCCGACUGAUCUUCAACCGCUAACGCCCGGUCAUUUUCUGAUAACGACACCGCUGAACCAAUUGCCAGAAGAGGAUUUGUCUGAAGUCAAGGUAAAUCGUUUAAACAGAUGGCAACACUUAAAGCAGUUACAUCAGCAUUUUUGGAAAAGAUGGUCUAAAGAGUAUCUCAAUCAGCUUCAACAACGUGUGAAAUGGAGGAAAGAGAAAAGAAACCUACAGAAAAAUGAUUUGGUGAUCCUCAAGGAAGAGAACACACCCCCAGCGAAGUGGGUUCUUGGACGUGUAGAAGACCUUCAUUUUGGUCAAGAUGGAAAGUGCAGAGUUGUCACCGUAAAGACGCAGAAUGGAACUUAUACCAGACCGAUAUCAAAAUUGGUGUUGAUUCUAGAAGAAGAUGAAUAA